GCCGGGCGACUCUGGUGCCAGCCUUGCGCCGCCGUGUGCCGCCCCACCCCGGCGGCGCGGCCGGCCCGCUCGGCACCAGUUGCGUGCGCGGAAAGAUGGCCGCUCCCCGGCCCUGCUGCAGGGAGCUCAAAAUGGAGGACGCGGCGGCCCGGGAGAUGGGGCGGGUGAGUCACCCACACAAAGGAAAAGGGCCUUUCCCUCCUUUGCCGCCGCUUCCUGUGACCCCGCGGUGUGCCCGGGCGCCGUCCAGGCACCUCCAUGACUCCUGCCAGCUUUUGGAGAAGCUCGUUCUCGCGGUGGGGGAGGGGAUUUCGUGCGCUGGAGUUUCCCCACACUUGGUGGGUGGAGACUGAAGAGUUCGGCCAGCUUGGCACUGGCUGUAAUUCUCCUUGGAAUUUGCCCUCUGAGUUUGGGUCCUGGCUUAUUCUCAAGCCUUUCAACAGUGGUUCAAAGGUUUUUUCCUGCAUUUCAGGUGCCGUGAAAACCACCCAUAAAAGCCAAAAUGGGGAAGGAAAAGACUCACAUCAACAUCGUCGUCAUCGGACACGUAGAUUCCGGCAAGUCCACUACUACUGGCCAUUUGAUCUACAAGUGUGGUGGGAUCGACAAAAGAACCAUCGAAAAAUUUGAGAAGGAGGCAGCUGAAAUGGGAAAGGGCUCCUUCAAGUAUGCCUGGGUCUUGGAUAAACUGAAAGCUGAGCGUGAGCGUGGUAUCACCAUUGAUAUCUCCCUGUGGAAAUUUGAGACCAGCAAAUACUAUGUGACUAUUAUUGAUGCCCCAGGACACAGAGACUUUAUCAAAAACAUGAUUACAGGCACAUCUCAGGCCGACUGUGCUGUCCUGAUUGUUGCUGCUGGUGUUGGUGAAUUCGAAGCUGGUAUCUCAAAGAAUGGGCAGACCCGUGAGCAUGCCCUUCUGGCUUACACACUAGGUGUGAAACAACUAAUUGUUGGUGUUAACUCUAGGCUCCAGACAGGUACUCGAGGUGCCUUUGGAAAGUCCCAGCGCACUGUGGCCAGAAUUCACGUUGGCCAAGUCAUGAUGUUUGUCCCCACAAAGCUGCAGAACAAGGAACAUGUGAUUGAGGGCCUAUGGAAGGCCAAGUUCAAGUUUGCUGGCUGCCAGAAAAUGCACAUCUCAAAGAAGUGGGGCUUUACCAAGUUUAAUGCAGAUGAAUUUGAAGACCUCGUAGCUGAGAAGCUGUUCACCCUGGAUGCGUAUGGGGUCAAAUACAUCCCCAGUCAUGGCCCCCUGGACAAGUGGCGGGCCCUGCAUUCAUGA